AUGGCGACACAAGCCCCGCCCCCCUCCGCAAACCCCGCGUCGCAAAAGAUCUUCACAAUUGGCACGCGCAAGUCCAAGCUCGCUCUCCUCCAGACCGAUCUUGUUUUGGCCGCACUUAAAGGGAGAUACCCAGAUUAUGAGUUCAAGAUCCAUUCGCGUGAAACCGCCGGUGACCAAAACACAACCAUUGCGCUCCGGGAUUUUACCACCAAGAAUUUAUGGACACAGGAGCUAGAGGAUCUUCUUGAGGCAGGACAUGUUGAUCUUAUUGUGCACUCUCUAAAAGAUGUUCCAACCCUUUUGCCCUCGACCUGCAAACUCGGCCCCAUGAUGCCCCGUGAAGAUUCACGAGAUGUUCUAGUCAUCAAGAAGGGUCUACCUAAUAUGAGCCUAGUGGAGAUGCCAGCAGGCUCAGUUGUCGGAACCUCUUCCAUUCGCCGUACCGCCCAGCUCGCGCAAAAAUAUCCCCAUCUGAAGGUGAUGGACGUUCGAGGAAACAUUGGUACACGGCUCUCCAAACUAGAUGCUGAAGAUAGUCCAUAUACGUGUCUUAUUCUAGCCGCUGCCGGAUUAUUAAGGUUGGGGCUUGAAGAUCGUAUUUUCCAGUACCUGGAAUCAAAGAAUGGUGGAAUGUUGUAUGCCGUUGGGCAGGGUGCAUUGGGCAUUGAAAUCCGCAAGGAUGACCAAGUUAUGGAGGAUAUGUUACGAGGCAUUGGUCACGACCAGACGACAUUUGCUUGCUUGGCCGAGAGAAGCCUUCUACGGGUGCUAGAGGGUGGUUGCAGCGCGCCAUUGGGUGUAGAAACGGAGUGGAUUCAGGAUACUGAAGGGUCAUCGAAAUUGAGGAUGAGAGCGAUCGUUGUCAGCGUGGAUGGUCGUGAGAGCGCUGAAGUCGAGCUUGAUGGAGCAGUGGGCUCGACUCAAUCUGCAGAAGAGUUUGGUAUAACAGUGGCCAAAGCAUUGGUGGCUAAAGGCGCAGGGAAGAUCCUUGAGGAGAUUCAGCGGAACAAACAGCCCCAGCUGAAGAUUCCUGUCGCUGAGUCGAGCUAG